AAAAAGGGUUGGGAAAGUGGGGGGGAGGCGGGGGGGUGAGUCCCCUCAAUUUCCCCCCGUGGCUGCUCCGCGGAGGGCGGGGCUCCAUGGAUGCGUUUGACAGCUGCAAGCCAAAAAAAAUGUGCAGCGCAGAGGAGGACAGAGAAACCAUGCCGCUGCUCCAAGACAGCCGCGCUAUCAUGAGGAAUAAGAUAGAGUUGGACCCUCUGUAGUUUGCGUUUGCCCUCCUAAACCUGGGCAAUCCGGACUUCAGAAAACAACAGAGUUUAAAGCUGACAUUUGGAUUUUUAUUAUAAUUAAUUUUAUUGAUUGAUUGUUAACAGCAGACUUUAUUUGGGUGGAGAUGCAGCGUGCGCUCUCCUUCCCAGCAACCGUUGAGCGCAGUCGGACCAAGGAGCGCCUGGAGGCCAGUCUGGCUGGGCUGUGUGAGCUGGAGCUGCGCAGACAGAGGCAGGAGCGUCUGGUGCUGGGAGCCCUGGCUCUGGGUGAGUCUCUGGCCCAGGAUGGCUCCAGAGGAGAACUGGAAUGCUUCAGCAGCUGGGGCCAGGAAAACCUGACGCUGAGGCGUCAGUUGAGUGCUCUCCAUAGUUCUCCAUGGGGCCUUAUGCAGGCGCUGGAGCAGCAGGUGGGAGAUAUGAAGAUUGACAUCGAUGACGGCUGCUGUGAGGGAGCUCAAGGAGAAACCGGUGACAGUCGGCCGAGUUCUGGUAACUCCUGCUGUUUAAAAGGUUUCUAUGAUUCAAGUGAGGGUCAAUCACCAAAAGGAAAAUCUACCGCAGCAGAUCCCAAUGAGCCUGUCCAUUGCGGGACUUACAACAAUGACAGGCCGAAGUCUAUAGGAGACAGCUUCAUGCUGAAUGGGGAGUUUGAUGUAUCAGUGGUUCGGCCCAGCCUUCCUCGCUCUUUUUCUGCACCUCACCCACCACUGGAGGGCAUUGCAGAGGAGGGGUCAGUUAUGGAUUCUUGGCAGUGGGACCCCAGCAUCGUCAGUCACUCCUGGCAGCAGCAGCAGCAGCCCACAGAGGAUCAGAUCUUGGAGGAAGACUACCAACAGGCAUUCAGAGUGGAGGGUUACAUCCUGAGUCUCAUCCAGCGAUACGCUCUCCUACCCCGGCCAUGUCAGCCUCGCACUACUCUAACCCCUGACCCCCCAUACUGUGGGGCCUCCACACACAGCUCCCAACACAGGAGAACUCCCUCUCUAACCCCGGAGCAACGCCUUCCUGACCCCCAUCCUCAGUCCCAUGUUGACCUAUCGGCAAACCUUAAGAGACAGGAAUGGGGUUGUGACCUGCCAGAGGGGGAGGCCCGCAGGGCAGAGGCCCCAUCUUUUGAGGAAGGUUGUUAUUUGCCUCUCUCCUACCCCCAGUCCAGACCAAACCCCUUGACAGGGAGACUACCAUCACCUCUGCCCUCUUUAGAGCCAAACUGUGGUUUAGGAAAUCUUGACCUUUGCUGUGAACCUCCAUCCCCCCAACAUUAUUUACAUCCUAAGCCUCCUGUUUAUCAAGUACACAAUUUAGUCAGUGCUCAAUAUAUUCCAGGACAGGCUUGUCAUGCUCCUGUACGGUCCCCGAGACACUAUAAGCCUGAACAAUCAAAGGCCAGCCGAGCGACCGCCUCUCCUGACCAGCCCAAUUCAAAGUCCAAAGCUCCUAAAAAAAGUCACAAUGAUCGACAGAAAUCCAAGAAAGCAAACAACAAAACCAACCGAUCCCAGUCUGAAAACAGCCUCCCAGGACAGAGAGUGAUUCCUGAAAAGAGAUACAACACCGCAGAAAGACGCCCAGGUCGAACCAAUCCUCCCCAAAACCAAAUCCAAGUCACCCCAGCCCAGGUGGCCAAUAAGGGUCACAGUGGAAAUCGACGGUGGUGUUCCAACCUGGAGCUCAGCCAAGAUGAGGGUGAGAUCCAAAAUGCAGCGCAGGCACAUAAACGAUCUUCUCGAAAAGCUCGCAACGGUCACUCUUGUUCCCAGGCCCAUUCCCACCAGCAGCCUGCUCAACGUUGGCGCCAGGACUCUCAGGCCCGAGUCCCCCUCUGUCAGAGCGAGGAGGGCUACGCAGGGGCCGUCCCUGUUGAGUCAGAGUCUAGCAUGAGUGAGGUGUACUCCCCGCCUUCCAGCUCGCUUUCCAGUGAUUCAGAUGAGAGCGGAGGACUUGUGUGGCCCCAGCAGCUACCCCCCCGCCUUGCUUCUACAUCUUCCUCAUCAUCCGCAUCACCGCAAGCUUCUGCCAGUGCUGCAACUCAGCCAAAAGCCUUUGUCAAAAUCAAAGCCUCCCAUGCUCUUAAAAAGAAGAUUCUCCGAUUCCGCACAGGGUCUCUUAAAGUAAUGACCACUGUUUGAGCCAAAUCCUGCUUUGAACAUAUACCAUGAAGGUAUUAAAAUAACUCUUUCUAUCUUCUACUUGGUCACAAAUAUUAAACUAAAUACCAAAACAAACUUACCUCGGCUGUACCCUUGAUGAGAUGCGUCAACCAUAAUGAUUAUUGCUAAAAAUCUAAUUUGACCUCCUUUCUGGUUGAAAUUACAGAGAACUUGACAACCAUUAGCUACUAGAUUAAUGGGCAUCCUUCUUUUCAUCCAGUUUGUGUUAUCCCGUGCCAACAGCCAUAAAAACAAAUGGUAUUCAGACAUUGUUUUUAACCAUGCUUCAAUAGAAUUAUUUAAAAAAAAAUGAACUCAUGAAACAAGCCUAGACAAAAACAAUGUUACCCAUAGCUUAAUAUUUUGUUGCACAACCUUUUUAAGCUAUCACUUAAAUCUAAAGAUUCCUAAUACUGUUAAUGAGACUUCUGGACCUCUCAGUAUGUAUUUUGGUCCACUUCUCAUGAGCAAACUGCUCUACUUGUCAUAGGCUUGAAGGGUGCCUUUUUCCAGCCUUCAAAAGGUCAGGGCUCAUAGAAGGCCACUUCAGAAUAGUCUAGUGAUCUCCUCUUAGCCAUUCUUGUUUGCGACUGAGACCAAGCUAUCUGUCAGCGGGCAGCACAUUUCUCUCUACAAUCCCUUGAUAGUGGGAGAUUUCGUUUUACGCUGGAGAGAUUCGAGACAACCAAUGCCAAGUGAAGAAAAUCAGCCCCUGAAUAUUACGGAGCCCCCUCCAUGUGUCACUGUAGGGGCAGUGUUCUAUUCAUGAUAUGUUUCCUUUUUUUUUUUUUUUUCUUCGUGAACAUGAGCUGACGUGCCUAGGCAAAAAGUUAAAUUUUUGUCUCAUUUGUCCAUUGGACAUUCUCGCAGAAGCUUUGUGGCUUGUCAACGUGUAGUUUGGCAAAUUCCACUUUGGCUUUUAUACACUUUGUUUUCAACAAUUGUUUUCAACAUCGGAUGGUACAAUCUGACACUGAUGCUCCUUGAGUUUGAAGUUAACCUGUAGUCUCUGUAGAAGUUAUUCUGCUCUUUUUUUUAACCAUUCAUUUUAUCAGUCUGUUUGUUUCGUCACCAAUUUUCCAAGGGAGGUUGGCCAACUUCUUUAUUUAUGAAUAAUAUGUGCAACUGUAGCCACAGGAGCAUCAAGCUGUUUGGAUAUGGUCUUUCUAACCUUUACCUUUAAAAUGCUUGUCCACUUAGUGGACAGACGUUGAUUCAACAUGUCCAUUUGGUGACUUUAUUUUCUUCUUUUUUUUUUUUUUUUAAGGGCCACCAUCAUUUUUCCAGGCCUGUUCCAUUGUUUUUUUGUCUUUUUAUCAAUCUAUUAGGUUUUUCUUUCCUUAAACUUGGGGUAUCAAUAGUUUUUUCUUCUAUAAUUAAGUUUAUUAAAGCAUUUUUUAAGAAUUCUCUAUCUGCAGAACAAACAUGGAAUCAAAACCCUUAGUUGAGCCUUUUUUCUUUUUUCUUAAAACAACAGGUAAACAUUUCAGAUAUGAAGCAAAACUAAUUUAAUGCGCAACACUAAUUAUUCUGGCUGUGUAAAAGAACCUCCAAAUAUUGGACCUACAUUUAACAAAUUUCACUUGAAGAAGAAAAAAUACAUAUUUGAACCACGAAGCAACAAAAUAUUAUAUGGACCUGGAUUCUGCGAGGUGUUGGCCUCAUUUAAGAAAAUUCAAAUUUAUGUUUUCAUUAGUAAAGUUCAAAUGUCCUCAUAUUGCAAAUCUGCAUUAUACCAUAGGGGCUUCUCUUGCACCAUUUUGUGUAUUUAGAACUCAAUUGGAAUAUGAACGGUUUGCUAAUAGAGGGGUCCUUUGUACAUAUAUGCAAGCACACUUUUUCAGCUACUGACUAAUUUACAGCAUUACACUUGCAGCUGAUUUGUCUUUCCUAAAGAAGAGUCUAAACCUACCUUGCCCUAAAACUGGACUCAUAUAUGACUAACAGUGCAAUUUUGCAUGAUUUCUUCCAUCUGUGAUCUCCCUUAUGUUUGGAAAGGGUUAGGGACGAUUAUUUUUUAGUUCAAUGCUUCUCAUUCAAAUGGCACUAAACAUUUCCUUUAUUUGUGACUGUUGAUUAUUUUAUCUUUUUUAUGAAAUGUUUCAUGUUUUCUGUCCUGCUUUCAUGUCCUCCUUGGUAUUGAUAUUUUCCUUUCCAGGCAUCUCUUUAUUUUACUGAGACUUGCUCCAAAUUAUAGAUAUUACUGAGUUAGAAGUAAAAUCUUUUGCCUCAUGCUGUUUAUUUACUUUUAUGAGAGUUUUUUCCGACCCUCUUGUGUGGGUAGCUGACAGUUAUUUUGGAUUGCUGUUUCCCUACCAGAUCCAAUAGGUCCUUAAAGUUUAGAAACACUCUCUUUCAAUCACUGCUACUAAUAAUUUACAUAUUUCAACUUAGAGUUUUCCACUGAUCUCUUUUAUUCUUUCAAACCUGCGCAAUAUCUUAUUCCCAGCUCUUCUUGGUAGUUACUAAAACCUUUUUAUUGCUCUUGCUAUGCAUUUAAAUCCCAUAGGAAAGCAUCUAAUAAACAGAUGAAAAAUAAAUGUUUAACAAGUACAUUCAGCGCAGAUACAUGAUUCAUUGGCAUUUACUUGUUGCUUGUUAAACUCUGAACUAGAAGUGAAACCUCAAGUUUUAUUUUUAACUGCCCCUGUCUUCACCUCUUUUACCAUGUGGAUUAUCACUGACAUGUACGGAUAUUUUCUGUCUGCUACUGCUUCUCUACACCGAUAAGCCCCUAUAAGUUGGCAUCCGUGAGUCACAGGGUCUGGUAGAUGUUAUCAAACCAGUAAACAUAUAUGCAUGUUUUUAAAUGUAACAUAAAUGCACAAGAUCAUUAAAAAACACUGGCACCAGACAACACACAAUUGUAUAUAUAUGUUUGCUUUUGUAUAUAUCAUCACGUGGCCUUGUUUGCAAUGAAUGUAGUAUGUAAAUUGUAAUUUGGUCUCAAUUUGGUACCUUUUUGUACACAUUGCAUUGGUUUUGCUUACUUUUUUAAGCAAUAAAUAAUAAAAAGAAAAUGUU